UUUUGCCUUGGGAUGGUUGUAAUGGGUCUUGGAGUAUUAAUCGUUCGAUGGCCAGAUGAUGCUAUUUAAGACCCAAAGAGUUCGCUAAAUAUCAUUUAAAAGUGUAACAUUCAAUCCAGGGUUGAUCAUGAAUAAAACCAUUACAAGAGAUUCACAAAUAGUCAUAGUUGGUGCUGGUGUAUUUGGAUUAUCCAAUGCUCUUCAUCUAGCUCAAAAUGGAUACAAGAAUAUUACAGUGUUUGAUCGUUUAGACUUCACUAAUAAUCAUUAUACAUUUCUUGAAGGUGCUGAUACUGCUUCUGCUGAUUUGAACAAAAUUUUCAGAGCUCGUUAUGAAAAUGAAAAACAUUAUCAAGAUUUAGCAUUUGAAGCUUUUGAAAUCUGGCAAAAAUGGGAUAGAGAAAUCGAAUUAUUACCUGAACAUGAAGCUAAGAAAUACACUGGUUUGAAAUUAUUAGAUUUAUGUGGUAUGUUAACUAUGGAUGACAUUUUAAGUAAAGGUUCUAAAGAAUCUAGAGAAAAUUUUGAAAAAGAAGGUUUUGCUCCAUUAGUUUAUGAUAUCAAUAACCCAAAGGAUGUUAAAAGAGCGAAUGUUGCAGGCUUUGGUAAUAAAGUCAAAUAUGGUCAAGAUAUGAAGAAGAAAAUUCCACAAAUUGAAGGUGUUUUGGAUACAACAUCUGGUAUGUUAUAUGCUUCUAGAGCUUGUCAAUAUGCUAAAUACCUUUGUGAACAACUAGGGGUUAGAUUUGUUUUAGGAGGUGAUAAAGGUAGUUUCCAAGAUUAUAUCUAUAAAGAUCAGGAACAGAAACAAGUGGGAGGCAUCAUAACAAAAGAUGGCAGAAGAUAUUUAGCAGAUUUAGUUGUUGUUAAUUGUGGUCCAUGGUCAACUUCUAUUGUCCCGGAACUAGAUGGCAUCAAUGAAGCUACUGGUGGUAAUAUCUUUAUUUUCAAAGUUCCUGAACAUCGCAAAGACCUUCGAGUGAAAUAUUCAGCAAAGAAUUUCCCAUUAAUUGGUUGGAAAACUGGUCAUGCUAGAGAAAAAGAACAUAUGGGUGGUAUGAUGAUGUUUCCAAUGGCUGAACCUGAAGGAUACAUGAAAAUUAUCGUUAGACAAACCAAAUAUACUAAUCCUAUCAAGACUAAGGAUGGUAAAAUCAUUUCAAUCCCAAAGACUUCAAAUAGCUCACCACCUCAUAAUUAUUUAACAAAAAGCAUAGUUUCACAAGCUAAAGAAUGGCUGGAACUAUUUUUCCCAGAUUUAGUUGAAGCUGGUAUUCACUUGGAAAGUAAGGCAUUAUGGUAUACUGAUACAAUCAACAAUGAUUAUAUCUAUGAUUUUGUUCCAGGAAAAGAAGGUUUAUUCGUUGCGUGUGGUGGUUCAGGUCAUGCUUUCAAAAUGUUACCUGUACUUGGUCAAUUUUUAGUUGACAAGAUUGAAGGUCGUGAGAAUUUGUACACCCAGAUCUUUAAAUGGAGAUAUCCAAAAGAUUUUGAUAAAGAUGUGAAUGGAUUGAAAGAAAAGCUUGAUAGUAAAAGAAGAUAUGACUUGCAAGAGCUUUCAGGUCCUGAAGAUCUAAAGUUUCAGAAAAAAAGUUUUAGUUCAGAGAUUGGAUUAAGCAAUCUCCAAAUCACAUCAAAGCUUUGA